AUGGACUUAUAUGAAGAUGGAACAAUCGAUGUAGACUCUGGUAAUGAAACUAGUGGAGACGAUGUAAACUUUACAAUGGAGUUUGAUGUACAACACGAACGUGAAAAGAAUCAAGAUGUUGAUGAUUUUUCUUUUGAAGUUUUAUCCACUGAAAACAUUGUUCAAUACAUGAUUGACUGCAUCAAAGAAGUCAAUACUGUGCUUCAAGUAAGAAAAAAGAUUUUAUUAAUUUCUACUACCGUCAAAAAGUAUUACACACAGUAGCGUAGCUAUCAUAGGGAAAAGUGGGGUAGUGCGCCGAGACUUCAGAGCUCAGCGGGCUUUGGAGUCCUUGGACCGUUCUGAAAUUACUUCUUUAAAAUAAUUAAGAAUUUUGAUGUAUUUAAUAGUUGAUGUUCCAAAUUGCGCAUGUUAAUUCCAUUCACAAUCAGUAUUAAAAUACUAAUAACGCUAAUAAUAAUACACUGCAAUUAACGGUGUUCGCCGUUGCAUAAUAAAUAAUUGUACCACGACCGCGGUCCACGAAUACAGACGGUCGAAAUAACUAUUACCGCAUACGUGUAAAUUGUAAAAUAGUCUAUUGACAAUACUAUUGUACUAUCAAGUAAAAUAUUCUGAAACACGAAUAUGUUCGUAUUAAUACAUCAGUCAUCAGUACCUAACGUUACUGAUAAUAUUAUAAUUUGUAGGUAUAAUAUAAUAAACCGGAUUUCCUUUUUACUUUAUGAAUUUAUUUAUUAUUUGUUUAUUAUUUUCAUUUGUGGUUUAAAUAGUAAGUUUUCACACUUGAUUAAACAUUGUUACGUGUAAAUAUAUUUCGAAUUUUCAUAAAGAUUAUAUUAGGGCCUAGUUUUUUAACAUCCCUGAGACCUUUUCCCAUCUAGCUACGCCACUGAUUACACACGGCCCCGUCAGAUUAGAGGAAUAUUCGCCUACGUUAUUAUGAAACGUAUAGAUACUAUAAUGUUACAUAAAUUUGAUAUAUGUUUAAAAAAUGUAUACUUACUAUAAGUCAAUAUAUUAAAAGACACAAUUACAUUAUGGAGCACCUUUGGAAAUUUCAGAUGCCUGCUACAACUACACGUAUUUUAUUAAAUUAUUUUAAAUGGGAUAAAGAAAAAUUAAUGGAACAAUUUUACGACGGUGACCAAGACAAAUUAUUUUCUGAAGCUAGAGUUAUAAACCCAUUCAAACGAACUCAACCAAUUAUACAGCGGGUAAUUUAUCAUUUGUUAAUUUGUACAUUACUAUUAUUAUUAAGUAUUCAUAAUUUUAGGGAUGCCGCCAAUAGGUGGCUUCGAUCCUGCUCUACUUCUCGACCCUUUUUAUCACAUUUGCUUAUUGUAAUGUUCAAAUUACAAAUUAUAAAUGGAUUUUUAUAUUAAAAAAAUGGAAACGGGCAGUGAUUUUAGUUGUUAAUUUAAUUAAAAUGGUAUUAUUUUACAACUAUACCAAUAUUUUAAGGCACUUAUUCAGUAUGCGCUAUAUACAUCCUUUUAAUUGUGUUUUAUUUUACGGUUCACGUUUUUAAUAUCUUCGGUUAAGGCAAGAUGAUGGUCAGAACUCUCUUAACGGUAAUGUCGCCAGAAAUACUGAUCAAUAUGGGACUGCAAACGAUUAAGAGGAAGACUCCCACAUAUUCGUCAAUUCUUUCAUUUUCACAUCCAACCAUAACCUCUUAAUGCUUUACACGUGGAUUCUGUAUUUGUAUCACAAUUAUAAUUAUUAAAAAAUAAUAUACAAUAAAAUAAAAUAUAAAAAUCACAGCAACGUUAAAAUCACGAACAACCGUAAGCGUAAGGUAACUGAAAAAAGUCUGAAAAGACGACUGUUAUAAAACCUACAGUAGUAUAUUUUAAAUUAAUUAAUAAAAAAGUCAAAUAAAAUACCCGAAAAAUCAUAUAUAAAUAAUAAUAAUAUCAUAACCGUAAAUGCGUAUACCUAGUGUAGAACGGGUAAAACCUGGAAAGUACACAUCAAAUUAGUGUCUAUUUUAAUAGGUGUUUAUUAAUAAAAUGUAUGAACUCUUGUUUAAAAUAUUUAAUCCUUUUGAUUUUUUUUGAGUGAAAUUUAUGAUUAUUUAUGAUUUAAAUGUCUACAAUAAAAUUGUCAUGUAAAUAUUUUAAAUUCAUUGUAUUUUAGCCCUUGCCUAGACGUAGAAGAACGAAAGACUGUGCUAUUUGUUUUGCGAGAUUUCCAAAUAAUGUAAGUCGAAUUAAUUUAUUUUUAAAUAGAGUAAUGUAACCAGUGGUUGAAAAUCAUUAUUUUCAAUGUAAUGCACAACUAUUAUCACUAAAUUCCUGUAAAAAUUCUCUACAAUCAUCUUUACUUUUUUUUAAAAGAAGUGCGCUAGUUUUUUUCGACUUACAAAAGAAACUUUUUUAUUUUUGUCAAUUUUUUAAAAUGUAGUAUCAUCCUCAAUAGUUAUUCUUAUAAUAUAAUAUAAUAAUAAUUUAUUUACAUUUAACGUUUCCCAUAGUAAAAAAAUAAACUACAGACUAAAAACGGAACAAUAUUACUACAAGUUACAGAAUAUUUCGUUAAAUUCACAAAUUUGCUUUGGUAAAAAGUAGCGAACUUUGUAAUAUUUUCCUAUGUAGUGUUAUUAUGUUCUACGCUACUUACCAAAAUGAAACUGUAGACCACCAGUAUCGCUAAAAAAAAGUUAGCGUGCUACUUCCAACCACUGAAUACAAAAAUAAUACACUUAAAUAAUAUAAUCAAAUCAGAAUAAUAUAACGAUCUGUUAUUUAUUCAAUUUUACCAUACAUUUUAGAUCCUGCCACAGCAUUUGAAGCUGAUAAAAACGGUUUCCAUUCUGUAAAGGUAUAUUGGAGCGAAUUUUUGUAUAGCUGGUUAUUAUUUUAUUCCGAUUUGAUUAUAAAAAUGCAAGGACAUUAAAUUAGUUAGAAAUAUAUACAAUCAAAUUUAAUACUAUUGACAAAUAGAAUGUAUAAAAGAAUGUCAGUUCCCUAUAAACAACUGUAUGUUAAAUUUUAUUUUAAUAUUUAGUUUUUAAUUUUUUUGAUAGCUUUAUUAUUUUUUAAAAUUAAGUGUUUAAUUCUUUAAAAAUGUAUUUAAUUUUAAUAUACAUUUCUGUGUAUUUUUAGAUGAUGACUGGACUAGAAUGUAAUCAUUGUUUCUGCACACAGUGUUGGACAGAAUAUUUAACAACAAAAAUUAUAGAAGAAGGUGCUGGUCAAACAAUUGCCUGUGCAGCUAGUGGUUGUGACAUAUUGGUAGAUGAUGCCACAGUCAUGCGAUUAGUCAGAGAUCCAAAAGUUAGAAUGAAAUAUCAACAUCUAAUUACUAAUAGUUUUGUUGAAGUAAGUUAUACUAUAAAGCAUUUUCUAUUAAACAACCAAUAAAUAGAUUUAUAUUUAUUAUUCUGAAAUAGUGUAACCGACUAUUACGGUGGUGUCCAUCACCUGAUUGCAACAAUGUUGUUAAGGUCCAAUAUAUUGAUUCCAAACCAGUAGUUUGUCGAUGUUUGCAUGUAUUUUGUUUUGUAUGUGGAGAAAAUUGGCACGAUCCAGUUAAAUGUAAUUUAUUGAGGAAGUGGAUCAAAAAGUGCGAUAAUGAUUCAGAAACUUCAAAUUGGAUUGCAGCUAAUACUAAAGUAUUCGUAUAAACAUUUAUUAAUUGUACUUAUUUUUAUAGUUUUUUUUUUAUAUAUAUAUAAAACGAUUAAUUAAUUUAACAUACAACAUUAAUUAUUCUCAAGUAAUGACUUUUUCAAAAAAUUGUUUUUGAUAAUUUAAGAAACAAGUUGCUCUGAAAUGUUACCUUCCAUUACUUUUGUCCCCCUUAUUUUUUAGAGCAAAACGACUACUUACAUAUUUUUGAUUUUUAAAUAAUAACUUAUAUUAUAAGUUCCAUAAAUUCCAUAAAUUUUGAUCUUGAAAUUUUUAAAGUCAUUAAGUUUAUUGACGAAAAUAAAUAUUCCACUAUAAGUUUAAGGAGGAGGAGAGUAGUGGGCCAUAAUUUGUGAGGCAUCACUGCACGUGGCAUUUGAAUUAUGUUCCAUUAUACUCUCUCACUACAUAAACUUAAAAGUGGAAUAUCUCGUCAACGGGUUAACGCAAAUCAAAAAUGUCAACAUCAAUAUGUAUUUAAACUAUUUCUCCGUCUAUUUAUGGCAUUUUAUACUUAGGUUGUCAUUUGAAAAUCUAAAAUGGAUAUACGCCCCCUCUCGAAAAAAGGUGAAAAAAAAUAAUGGUAAUUUAACAUUUUAGAGCUACUUGUUUCUUAAAUGAGUUAUCGAAAAAAAACUUUAUGAGAAAAGUCAAUACUAUACGAAAUAAUGAGUGUUGCUUGUUAAAUGAAUUAUCCGAUAUAAUAAUUUAAAAAAAAAUCUUGUCAUUAAAAUUUAACUCAUUUAUUAUAGCUCCUUUUAAAGAGAUUAUGAGAAAAUAUUAACUGUAAUCUUUAUUAUUAUUUUAGGAGUGUCCUAAAUGUAAUGUAACUAUAGAAAAAGAUGGCGGAUGCAACCAUUUGAUUUGUAAAAACCAAAUUUGUAAAUAUGAUUUUUGUUGGGUCUGUAUGGGCCCAUGGGAGCCACAUGGAUCUUCUUGGUAAAAUAAAAAUAACUUAAAUUAACUGUUAGUUUUCUUAUAUUAGUUGUAAAAUUAUGCAGGUAUAACUGUAGCCGAUAUGAUGAAGAAGAAGCCAAAGCGGCUAGAGAUGCUCAAGAGAAAUCAAGAGCAGCAUUACAGAGGUAUCUCUUCUACUGUAAUCGUUAUAUGAAUCAUAUGCAAUCACUUAAAUUUGAACACAAGCUUUAUUCUAGUGUUAAAGAAAAAAUGCAACAACAUAAUAUGUCCUCGAAUGAAGUAAGUUAAUUAUUUUUUCAAUAUUUUUUGUAAAAGACAGAAUAGUUUUUUUUUGGUCAAGUCUAUUUCAAAAGAUUAAUGAGCAAGUUAGAUAAAUUUAUAGUACGACUAGAUUAGAAUAGGAUUAUGGUUGAAUAAAUCGUGAUCCAACUAUCAUGUGAAAUUUCGCAAUUUUUUUUAAUAAAGUCUAUUGUCAUUUUUCACAAAACACACCGAAUUUCAAAAAAAAAGAAAACACGCUUUUCUUAAAAACAUUAAAAAAAUAAUAAAUUAAUAACCUAAUAAUUAGUGUUGUUAUUUGUCUUAUUUAAAGGUUCCUGAAAUUAGCGGACAGGAAUUGAGCAAUAAUUUUUUUUAUAAUACCAAUAUUUAGGUAUAUGCUGGCGAAUAGUACUACUUGAAAAAUGAAUGCUUUGGUCAGAAAAAAAGUACGCAGUGGCUUAUCUUCUGCGCGCUAGCUCCCUACAGCAGACACAAUACCACCAACAAAAUUCAUUAUAAUACCAAUUUAUAAUUGAAAUGCACUGUAGUACUGAAAUUUGGCACAUAAUCAAUGCCAAAUUAAAGUAAACUUACCAAAAAUGAUUUACAGAGUUUUUUUAGUUUCUAGUAUUUUAGUCUUCAGAAUAAUUGGGAAAAACCGGGAAUAAACGUAGAGAUAAAAGAACAAAUACUCGUAUUUAGGACGUAACGAUUUCAUGAUUUUACAUUUUUAUAACUUACGUAUUAUUUAUGUGUGUUUAAGAAACUUGUUAAUUUAGUCGUUAAGUGAAUUUUGGAUUAUUGGAUUUUACGUAUAAAUAAAUAAAGAAAAACAGAAAGAUUGACAGCAAUAAGAAUUAUGACUAUAAAAUAUACCUAAAGUUAUAUAAAAAUUAAAAUUAGUUUUUCAAUAGUUAAUCCUGUUACAUAUUUCAUAAUAUCAUAUUAACAAUUAUUAUUUUACAGUUAAAAAAAUAUAACUUAACAUUUUAAUUUAUAAUAAAAUUCCAGGUACAAUUUUUAAAAAAAGCAGUUGAUACAUUAUGUCAAUGUAGACAAACACUCAUGUACACUUACGUAUUUGCAUACUAUUUGAAGAAAAAUAAUCAAUCCAUUCUAUUUGAGGUUAUUCAUUUAAAUAUUGAUUAUAUUUAAUGCAAUCUGCUUAUAUUUUAAUUACCGGCUUUUCAAUCAUUUAGGAUAACCAACGAGAUUUAGAAAGUGCUACAGAAACUCUAUCAGAAUAUUUAGAAAGAGAUAUUACUUCAAAAAAUAUAGCUAAUAUCAAGCAGAACGUUCAAGAUAAAUAUCGGUAUUAUUUAUAGUUUUUAUAAAUUGUAGGUGUAUUCUUUUUUGUUUUAUUAUUUUAUUGUUUUUCAGUUACUGCGAAAAUCGGCGGAAAGUGUUAUUAGAGCACGUCCACGAAGGUUAUGAGGAAGACUGGUGGAAUUACACAGAAAGCUUGUGA